AUAGACUUUUUAUAGCAGAGGCGAAAGCCAAUGAGAGCCCAACGAAAAACUUGAUGAGAGCGAGAAAAAUAUGGCGAUGAUUGGAAAAAAGAAAAGUGACAUCAGUCAGUGUUUUGUGUGAGAGUUUUCCAACAUACAAACAAGAUUCGAAAGCUUAUUUAGAAAAGAAUAUUUUCCCUUUAGUUUUAUUUCAAAUGAAUAGGAAACAAAUUAAAUUAUUACAAUAAUGUUUUAGUCAUAUUGCGAUAAAGAAAUUCGCUCGAUUAUCCUUUGAUUUCGUCGAAUUUAAAUUGGAAAUCGAAGCAAAGCGAGAGAGAGAGAGAGAAAGCGAGUGAAUAAAGUUUUUGUUUCAGCGCAUUGGAUGGAAUGUGUGCAUAGUAUUCAUUGCGCGUAGUUCCAAACAUAAAGAAUUUUUUUUUCAUGUUUCCACUUUUGACGAAUUAUAUUGUCAUAUUGUCGACUGGAUUGGCUGGUUUUCUAUGAAAUCGAUAGAAAAAGAGUAUCGAAGAUGGAAUCCAUAAGGCAGCGUUCGUUAACGAAAUAGUUUUCAGUGAAAACUUAUUUCAAUCACAAUUCGACAAAAUUCAAGCAAUUCGGUGGUGGUGGUCGUAUUGCUACACAAACAAACGCUUUAAAUAGCGUUUCAUUUUGGAAGAUACAUAUUACAUUCGGUUUAUGGAAUGGCAAAUGAGAUAAACCAAUCGACAACUGACUAUGAGACGAAUAUACGACAUGGGCCGCGGAUGUACGACAUAGAGGUCAUACUAAGUAUGAUUGACAUAUCAGCGGAUCGCCUCGAAGCCUUGCGAACACAAUGCGCCACCAGUGCCGAGCUCACCCAGCAAGAAAUCCGUACGCUGGAAACGAAGCUCGUGAAAAUGUUCUCCGAACUACUGAUUACCAAGGCAAAACUGCCCAAAGCAAUCAUAUCGACCGGAGCAGAACUGAAGCAAUGGCUACGUGUUGUUGGUCUGAGUCAAGAAUCACUCAAUGUCGUGUUGCAACGUGUAAAUACAUUAGAGAUUUUGCUGGAUAAAAACGACGGUGAGCUUCGUGGUAUGCUGAAUCACAAUGUAAAUAUUAGAGAAGAGGAGGUGCGUCGAUUUUUGCGUGCUAUUUUCAAUUUAAAGCGUUGUCGCGAGGCAAUCACAGUGGGUACCAAUGAGCCGAUCGAAUUGUUUUGGGAUUCAUGGGACAUUCGCCAGAGUACGCAGCAUGUAUCCGCAAGUGCAUCACCGCGUACGCAUCGAUUGACAUCACGUUACCAACAACAUCAACAGUACAAUCGCAUGGUGAAUUCAGUGGCUGAGAAUAAUGUGCAAACCGUUGACAUUACAAUACGCGACAAGAGCCAAACACUUGAUACCGUCGCCGAAAGGCAUCACUAUUUAAUAUCGCCCGAAGAUAAUAGUACCAUAACGCCAUCGCCUUCGCCCCCAAACUCACCCAGCUAUGCAUUAAUUUCGAAAAGUGGUGGGAAGCGAAAUGGCACACCACCAGCACGGAAAAGGCAUCAAGCCGUUGUUGUGACAAUGAAUCAUUCGACGCAAUCAAAUAACUCGUAUCAUAACUAUUCGUAUCAGCAGCAGUUUACACCGCCCAUAGUUACGACUAGCCCACAAUUGAAUGCAUCAAACAAUGUGGAUCAAAAUUCAAUUCCAAAAUCCAGAUCGCAGGAGUCGCAAUGGAACAAUGGGCACGCUGAUGCGAAUCGUAGCAGUAUUACGAGCACGAAUUGCUGUGUUCCGGUUACCACGACAAAUUUAUCGAACACGAUGCAUGCACUUGAAAACUUUAACUAUUCGGUAGCCUCAAGUACCCCAUUUCAUAUAAACGCAAAUUUACCAACGCCUAGAGCCAGACUGCACACCGAACCAAACCCCGAGCAUUUCAAUGACAUAGCUGACAACAGUUUGACGGUGCCUCGUUCGCCAUGCACGCCUAUCAUCAAUCGUGGAAUGGGGCAUACGAUUGCUCAUCGUUUUACUAAGAAAUUCAAUGUUAUGUAUACGUGCGACUUGUGCAAUAAACCAAUGUUUUUCGGACUGAAGUGCAAAGAGUGUAAAUAUCGAUGCCACAGAGACUGUGAAUCACAUGUGCCGCCGUCAUGUGGACUACCCCCGGCGUUUAUAGACGAAUUCAAGAAAACGUUGCCGUCAGAUGUUUUCUUGCCCAACACAUCACCGAACAUGGUAAAAUCGGGCGGUUUUCUUUCGUCGGCACGACGAGAUCGCCAUAGAUCGCAAGCAUUUUCAAAUCAGUAUAUUGGAGCACCGGAUAGUAGUUCGGCUGGCUCAAGUUGUUCGUCACCAUCGAGUCCGGCUCUAUUAAUGGUUCCACCACACACACCAGCGGCAUUAUUAAAACAAACUCAAUUCCAUUUUCCCGAUCUUGCUUCAUCAAGCAAUGUCAUACAUAAACAUCGCCAAACUGAUCAGACUGAUUCGGCUAAAGAAUUUAAAGAUUCCACUAAAAUGCAUGAUAAAUUCAUGCAACACCGAAUCACCAUUGAUCGCACUCAAUCGUCUGGUUUGACGGACACAACACGCAGCAAUGGUAGUGAUAAAACCGAUAAAACAAUAUCGUUGUCCGGUUCGAUCAGUGCCAGCACUGAUUCGGUACGAUCUGAUUCGACGGAGGAGCGUGGCAAUGGCCAUUGGCCACGUCAAAAUAGUUUAUCUCUGAAAGAGUGGGACAUUCCAUGGGAAGAUUUAAAUUUACUUGAGGAAAUUGGGCACGGCCGUUUUGGUACAGUUCAUCGUGGUUUGUGGCACGGAGAUGUAGCUGUGAAACUGUUUAAUGAAGGGUACUUAGACGAUGAGCAUGCAUUGGAAGCAUUUAAACUAGAAAUUGCGACAUUUAAGAAGACUCGACACGAGAAUUUGGUCCUAUUUAUGGGUUUCUGUAUGAAACCACAGGCAAUGGUCACAUCGUUAUGCAAAGGAAAUACAUUGUACACGCAUAUCCAUUCAAGACGCGACAAAUUCAAUUUGUAUCGUGCCAUUUUGGUUGCUCAGCAAAUUUCUCAGGGCAUGGGCUAUUUGCAUGCCAAAGAAAUCAUUCACAAAGAUUUGAAAACGAAAAAUAUCUUUCUUGAAAAUGGUAAAGUGGUUAUAACCGACUUUGGGUUGUUCAGUACAACGAAAUUGAAAUAUACUGCGACUGGUCUGCUUCUGGAAGAGAAUAUGCUGUGCUAUUUAGCACCAGAACUGAUACGGCAGCUACGUGCCGUUCGUCCGGCUCAGGAUAAUUUACCAUUUUCCAAGGCCACCGAUGUGUAUGCAUUUGGCACGAUUUGGUACGAACUACUUUGCGGUGAAUUUCCAUUCAAGGGGCAAGCAGCUGAAAGUACCAUUUAUCAAAUUGGCCGUGGUUUGAAAUACACAUUGGCUAAUAUGCAGGCCUCGCGUGACGUUAAAGAUAUCUUAAUGCUUUGUUCCGCUUUUCAAUAUGAAGAUCGUCCCGAUUUCGCAAAAUUGUUAACUCUCCUAGAGCGUUUACCGAAGAAAAGACUAGCUAGAAGCCCAUCGCAUCCUGUGCAACUAUCACGUUCAGCUGAAUCAGUAUUCUAAAUACACUUGGGGAUAAUAGCAUGAGAACACAAAUCCGAUUGUAAAUAUAUUUAUUAUUGAAUUUAAUGAUUUCUCUUCACCUCCUCCACCUCAAUGAAAAAAAAAAAAACAAAUUACAUAGUUGCUAUUGAAUCAGUCAGAACAAUUGUUGUAAAACCAAUUUACUGAAGGGAAAAGAAAACCAACAAAAAAAAUCAUAGUAAUAAUUGCACAAUGCGACGCGAACGAAUGUAUCCAAUUGAUUGAAUUUACAUAUUAUUUCACAUCGUAUGUGAGUGUCUAUUUUAACAAAUUGCAGAGAAACAACCAACAAACACAUUAUUAUAUUUUAAUUUGUCUUGUGAUUUAACAAUUAUUAAACCCUAUGUCUAAAUUAUUAUAGUUAUUUAUUUUGAAUAAGACUUUCACCAUUUCAUUGGAGAUGAAAAAAAAAAUGUACUUCUGUUUUUUUUUUUAAUUUUCAUUCGUUCAUUCGUUCGAUUUAUUUAUGUACCUUAAAUUUUUCGUGAUGACAUUUUGUCGAAUCUUUUUAUCAAAUUUAGCGAUAAAAUAACACGUAAUUAAUAUUUGUUUAUCUUAUUGGAAAAAAAAAAUGCAUCAUUGACCA